GGCUUGGUGAGGGGAAAGAGAGGGAAUGGAGAGGGAAAACAGGGUGAUGUGUGUGCUGCGAAUUCAAAGCUGGGUGGGUCUACAGUGUUUCACAUUCCCAAAUAACUCCCGGGGCCGUGCGUUAAAGCGCUUUCAGUUUUCAUAGGGCCACAAUGUUGAUGCUGGCAGGAAUCGUCGUUCUGCACAUUACCACUAUCAUCCUGCUUCUGGUGGCCACCAUUGAUAAUGCCUGGUGGAUCACCAGUACAGUAUCAACUGACUUGUGGGGCAGGUGGGAGUUGACAAACUCAGUCUGGCAUUACACCAACCUGAAAAACUACCCAGAGGACUAUCUCCAGACGGUGCAGGCUACAUCAGUGCUGGCCUGCAUUUUUGCCAUCCUGGCCUUGUUUGUGUUUGUGGCCCAGCUGUUCACCCUGCCCAAAGGCCAGAGAUUCACCUUUACUGGCAUUUUACAGCUAAUCGCCUGCCUAUGUGUAAUGAUAGCAGCCUCGAUCUACACGGCUGAGUUUCAUACCACUGACACAGACGGAGGGUAUGGACACUCCUACAUCCUGGCCUGGAUCGCUUUUGUCCUCACCUUCCUCUUAGCAAUCACCUACCUUGUCCUGCGGAAGAAGAGCGAGUGAGAGGAUAAGAGGGGUGAGGGCAGGGCUGGGAUUGUGUUUCUUUGAAUAGGUGAAAUUAAAGAAUGGGCUUUGCUUCAAAAUUUGUAAGAACAAAACUUACAUCUGCAGCUAGGAAAAUGGGAGACUUGCAUUGAAUCACUAACAAGAGCCAUUUGUUUAUGUUUUGAAUAUUAGAAAUGGAAAUAGAACUCAAGCUAACAUUACAUGAAGGGCUGAAUUUUAUGUGAAACAUGUUUGUCCUUAAAUUUGUUUGAUUAAAGUGAGAGGAGGGCAGGGCAAUAUUGAAGAGUAGGGCACUAUGGGGUUCAAAAUCGGGGUUGUGAUCAUGAGGGUGCAACCCAAGGGCUAAUUUCAUGGCAUUAUGGCCAUAAAAUAAUAGGUCAGUUGUUUCCAAAGUCUUUAAAAGGUAGUUUCAUAUAAGUUUGAUGGACUCAGUUCACACCCAAUAGUUUGACAUGUUGACGAAUACAUUUACUCGCUUUCUUGGCAAGAAUGAUGAGAGGAUCGGUACCACACUCAACACACUGUGUGUGUUAAGUGUGAUGCUACAGCCAGCAGCUUAGCUUAGUGUAUUAUGUCCCAGUGAAAACACUGGGACAUAAUACACAGAACAAAAGUAAUGGCUCUGUCCAAGAGUAACGCAAUCUGGCUACUGGCACCGCUAACGCUUAAUUAUUUCUGUGCUUAGCUAACUAAACUAGCCUGCUGGCUGUAGCUUCAUAUUUACUGUAGAGACAUGAGAGUGGUUUUGAUUCUCUCAUCUAACACCCAGCGAGAAAGCAAAUAAGUGUAUAUCCCAAAGUGUCAAACUACUGCUUUCGGAAUCUAACAAAGUUACUGGUGCGACAAGGGUAAUGCCCUCAUUAAAAGCUGUUUUGAGAUGUAGUAGUUGAAUAUAUUCUGUGAGACAAACGUGCUUAUCAUCCUGUACAACCCCUUUGUGAGGCUGACAGCUACUACUGCAGGUUUCCAGUUGAGGAGUGGAAAAAAAAAAAAUACUGUAUCUGAGAAGGUACGGCAUGUUGGCAAAAA